AUGGGAAUACAGGGGGUUAAAAGGGGUUACAGGGUGUUACAGGGGGUUACAAGAGGUUACAAGGGGUUACAAGGGGUUACAAGGGGUUACAAGGGGUUACAGGGGGUGACAAGGCGUUACAGGGGGUUACAAAGGAUUAUAGAAACUUUAUUCUAACUAGAACGUUCCCAGAUACCUUUUCUUGGUCUAUUUUGCAUAAAAAUCAAAGUUGAAGAAAUCUCAAAUUUUUGACCAAAACGAUGGACUAACCCCUUUGAAAAAAUUCUAAUUUUGCGUUUUUCGUACACAGUUGUUUUUAUAGUCUUUAAAGGCUCCUUUUUUUAUCUAGAACGUCAGCAAACACUUUUUCUCGAUCUAUUUUUGAUAAACACAAAAGAUGAAAAAACUUCAACUUUUUGACCAAAAUCAUGGACUAUCCCCUUUGCAAAAAGGCCAAUUUUGCCUUCUUUGUAAAUCCAUGUUUAUAUUGUCUAGAAAGGCUUGUUUUCUAACGACAACGUCACCAAAUACUUUUUCUGGGUGUAUUUUGCAUAAAACGAAACGUUCACAAACUUUCAAAUUUUUGACCAAAACAAUGGACUAACCCCUUUACAAAAAUGCCAAUUUUGUGGGUUUUUGAAACCGAUGUUUUUGUUGUUCAGACAGGCUUGUUUGCUAUGUACAACGUCAAAAAUCGAUUUUUCACGAUUUAUUUUCACGAUCUAUGACAUGGGAAUACAGGGGGUUAAAAGGGGUUACAGGGUGUUACAGGGGGUUACAAGAGGUUACAAGGGGUUACAGGGGGUUACAAGGGGUUACAGGGGGUGACAAGGCCUUACAGGGGGUGACAAAGGAUUAUAGAAACUUUAUUCUAACUAGAACGUUCCCAGAUACCUUUUCUUGGUCUAUUUUGCAUAAAAAUCGAAGUUGAAGAAAUCUCAAAUUUUUGACCAAAACGAUGAACUAACUCCUUUAAAAAAAUUCUAAUUCUGUGUUUUUCGUACACAGUUGUUUUUAUAGUCUUUAAAGGCUUCUUUUUUAUCUAGAACGUCAGCAAACACUUUUUCUCGAUCUAUUUUUGAUAAACACAAAACAUGAAAAAACUUCAACUUUUUGACCAAAAUCAUGGACUAUCCCCUUUGCAAAAAUGCCAAUUUUGCCUUCUUUUAAAAUCCGUGUUUAUAUUGUCUAGAAAGGCUUGUUUGUUAACGAGAACGUCACCAAAUACUUUAUCUGGGUGUAUUUUGGAUAAAACGAAACGUUCACAAAAUUUCAAAUUUUUGACCAAAACAAUGGACUAACCCCUUUACAAAAAUGCCAAUUUUGUGGGUUUUUGAAACCGAUGUUUGUGUUGUUCAGACAGGCUUGUUUGCUAUGUACAACGUCAAAAAUCGUUUUUUCACGAUUUAUUUUCACGAUCUAUGACAUAGGAAUACAGGGGGUUAACAGGGGUUACAGGGUGUUACAGGGGGUUACAAGGGGUUACAAGGGGUUACAAGGGGUUAAAGGGGUUACAAGGGGUUACGGGGAGUUACACGGGGCUACACGGGGUUACAAGGGGUGACGUAGGGUGACAAGGCGUUACAGGGGGUUACAAAGGAUUAUAAAAACUUUAUUUUAACUAGAAAGUUCCCACAUACUUUUUCUUGGUCAAUUUUGCAUAAAAAUCAAAGUUGAAGAAAUUUUGAAAAUUUUUGAAACCGAUGUUUUUGUUGUUCAGAAAGGCAUGUUUGCUAUAUAAAACGUCGAAAAUCGUUUUUUCAAGAUUUAUUUUCACGAUCUAUGACAUAGAAAUACAGGGGGUUACAAGGGGUUACAGAGGGUUACAAGGGGUUACAAGGGUUUACAAGGGGUUAAAACGGGUUACAAGGGGUUACAGGGGGUUACAAGGGGUUACAAGAGGUGACAGGGGGUGUCAAGGCGUUACACUGGGUUACAAAGGAUUAUAGAAACUUUUUUCUAACUAGAACUUUCCCAGAUACUUUUUCUUGGUCUAUUUUGCAUAAAAAUCAAAGUUGAAGAAAUCUCAAAUUUCUGACGAAAACGACGGACUAACCCCUCUGGAAAUAUUCUUAUUUUGCGUUUUUCGUACACACUUGUUUUUAUAGUCUUUAAAGGCUUCUUUUCACAAAAGUUCAAAUUUUUGACCAAAACCAUGAACUAACCCCUUUGCAAAAAUGCCAAUUUUGUGGGUUUUUAAAACCGAUGUUUUUGUUGUUCAGAAAGGCUUGUUUGCUAUAAAAAACGUCAAAAAUCAUUUUUUCACGAUUUAUUUUUACGAUCUAUGACAUGGGAAUACAGGACGUUAAAAGGGGUUACAGGGGGUUAGAGGGGGUUACAAGGGGUUACAAGGGGUUAAGGAGGUUACAAGGGGUUACAGGGAGUUACAGGGGGUUACAAGGGGUUACAAGGGGUGACGUGGGGUGACAAGGCGUUACAGGGGGUUACAAAGGAUUCUAAAAACUUUAUUUUAACUAGAACGUUCCCACAUACUUUUUCUUUGUCAAUUUUGCAUAAAAAUCAAAGUUGAAGAGAUUUUGAAAAUUUUUGAAACCGAUGUGUUUUGUUGUUCAGAAAGACUUGUUUGCUAUAUAAAACGUCGAAAAUCGUUUUUUCAAGAUUUAUUUUCACGAUCUAUGACAUGGGAAUACAGGGGGUUACAAAGGGUUACAGGGGGUUACAGGGGGUUACAAGGGGUUACAAGGGGUUACAGGGGGUUACUAAGGGUUAAAAGGGGUUACAGGGGGUUACAAGAGGUUGAGAGCCGUUUCAAAGGGUUACAAGGGGUGACGUGGGGUGACAAGGCGUUACAGUGGGUUAGAAAGGAUUAUAAAAACUUUAUUUUAACUAGAACGUUCCCACAUACUUUUUGUUGGUCAAUUUUGCAUAAAAAUAAAAGUUGAAGAAAUUUUAAAAAUUUUUGAAACCGAUGUUUUUGUUUUCAGAAAGGCUUGUUUGCUAUAUAAAACGUCGAAAAUCGUUUUUCUCACGAUUUAUUUUCACGAUCUAUGACAUGGGAUUAAAGGGGGUUACAAAGGGUUACAGGGGGUUACAGGGGGUUACAAGGGGUUACAAGAAGUUACAGGGGGUUACAAAGGGUUAAAAGGGGUUACAGGGGGUUACAAGGGGUUGAGAGCCGUUACAAAGGGUUACAAGGGGUUACAAGGGGUGACAAAGGGUGACAAGGCGUUACAGGGGUUUACAAAGGGUUAUAGAAACUUUUUUCUAACCAGAACGUUCCCAGAUACUUUUUCUUGGUCAAUUUUGCAUAAAAAUCAAAGUUGAAGAAAUCUCAAAUUUUUGACCAAACAAUGGACUAACUCCUUUGGAAAAAUUCUAAUUUUGCGUUUUUCCUACACAGUUGUUUUUUAUAGUCUUUAAAGGCUUCUGUUUUAUCUGUUAUAUCAAAUCUAUUUUUGAUAAACACAAAACAUGAAAGAACUUCAACUUUGUGACCAAAAUCAUGGACUAUCCCCUUUGCAAAAAGGCCAAUUUUGUCUUCUUUGUAAAUCCAUGUUUAUAUUGUCUAGAAAGGUUUGUUUUCUAACAAGAACGUCACCAAAUACUUUUUCUGGGUGUAUUUUUCAUGAAACAAAACGUUCACAAGAUUUCAAAGUUUUGACGAAAACCAUGGACUAACCCCUUUGCAAAAAUGGCAAUUUUGUGGGUUUUUGAAACCAAUGUUUUUGUCGUUUAGAAAGGCUUGUUUGCUAUAUAAAACGUCGAAAAUAGUUUUUUCACGAUUUAUUUUCACGAUCUAUGACAUGGCAAUACAGGGGGUUACAGGGGGUUACAAUGGGUUACAAGGGCUUACAGGGGGUUACAAGGGGUUAAGAGGGCUUACAGGGGGUUGCAAGUGGUGACAAGGGGUGACAAGCGGUGACAAGGGGUGACAAGGGUUGGCAAGGCGUUACAGGGGAUUACAAAGGAUUAUACAAACUUUUUUCUAUCCUGAACGUUCCCAGAUACUUUUUCUUGGUCUAUUUUGCAUAAAAAUCAAAGUUGAACAGAAAGGAUUAUAGAAACUUUUUUCUAACUAGAACGUUCCCAGAUACUUUUUCUUGGUCUAUUUUGCAUAAAAAUCAUUGUUGAAGUUGAAGUUGGUUUUUGAAACCGAUUUUUUUGUUGUUCAGAAAGGCUGGUUUGCUAUAUAAAACGUCGAAAAUCGUUUUUUCACGAUUUAUUUUCACGAUCUGUGACAUGGGAAUAGAGGGGGUUAGAAGGGGUUACAGGGGGUUACAAUGGGUUACAAGGUGUUAAAAGAGGUUACAGAAGGUCACAACGGGUUACAAGGGGUUACCGCGGGUAGAAGGGAUUACAAGGGGUGACAGGGGGCGACAAGGCGUUACAGGGGGUUACAAAGGAUUAUAGAAAAUUUAUUCUAACUAGAUCGUUUGCAGAUACUUUUUCUUGCUCUAUUUUGCAUAAAAGUCAAAGUUGAAGAAAUCUCAAAUUUUUGACCAAAACGAUGGACUAACCCGUAAGGAAAAAUUCUAAUUUUGCGUUUUGCGUACACAGUUGUUUUUAUAGUCUUUGAAGGCUUCUUUUUAAUCUAGAACGUCAGCAAACACUUUUUCUCCAUCUAUUUUUGAUAAACACAAAAGAUGAAAAAACUUCAUCUUUUUGACCAAAAUCAUGGACUUUGCAAAAAUGCCAAUUUUGCCUUCUUUUUAAAUCCAUGUUUAUAUUGUCUAGAAAGGCUUGUAUUCUAACGAGAACGUCACCAAAUACUUUUUCUGGGAGUAUUUUGCAUAAAACGAAACGUUCAUAAAAUUUCAAAUUUUUGACCUAAACCAUGGACUAAUCCCCUUUCAAAAAUGUCAAUUUUCUGGGUUUUUGAAACCGACGUUUUUGUAGUUGAGAAAGAGUUUUUUGCUCUUUAAAACGUCGAAAAUAGUUUUUUCACGAUUUAUUUUUACGAUCUAUGACAUGGGAAUACAGGGACUUACAACAGGUUAAUGGGGGGGGGGGGUUACAGGGGGUUACAAGGGGGUAGAAGGGGUUACAGGGUGUUACAAGGGGUUACAAGGGGGUUACAAAGGGUUCCAAGGGGUUACAGGGGGUGACAAGGCGUUACAGUGGGUUAAAAAGUAUUAUAGAAACUUUUUUCUAACUAGAACGUUCCAAAAUACUUUUUCUUGGUCUAUUUUGGAUAAAAAUCAAAGUUGAAGAAAUCUCAAAUUUUUGACCAAAACAAUGGACUAAAGCCUUGGAAAAACCCCUUUGGAAAAAUUCUAAUUGGGCGUUUUUCGUGCACAGUUGUUUUUAUACUCUUUAAGGGCUUCUUUUUUAUCUAGAACGUCAGCAAACACUUUUUCUGGAUCUAUUUUUGAUAAACACAAAACAUGAAAAAACUUCAACUUUUUGACCAAAAUCAUGGACUAUCCGCUUUGAAAGAAUGCCAAUUUUGCCUUCUUUUUAAAACCAUGUUUAUAUUGUCUACAAGGCUUGUUGUUUAACGACAACGUCACCAAAUACUUUUUCUGGGUGUAUUUUGCAUAAAACGAAACGUUCACAAAAUUUCAAAUUUAAAAAAAAAUAAACAAUGAACUAACCCCUUUGCAAAACUGCCAAUUUUGUGGGUUUUUGAAACCGAUGUUUUUGUUGUUCAGAAAGGCUUGUUUGCUAUAUAAACCGUGGAGAUCGUUUUUUUACGAUUUAUUUUUACAAUCUAUGACAUUGGAAUAGAGGGGGUUACAAGGGGUUACAGGGGGUUACAGGGUGUUUCAAGGGGUUACAAGGGGUUACACGGGGUUACAAGGGGUUGCAAGGGGUGACAGGAGGUGACAAGGCGUUACAGGGGGUUACAAAGGAUUAUAGAAACUUUUUUCUAACUAGAACGUUCCCAGAUACUUUUUCUUGGUCUAUUUUGCAUAAAAAUCAUCGUUGAAGUUGAAGUUGGUUUUUGAAACCGAUGUUUUUGUUUUUCAGAAAGGCUUGUUUGCUAUAUAAAACGUCGAAAAUCGUUUUUUCGCGAUUUAUUUUCACGAUCUUUGACAUGGGAAUAGAGAGGGUUGCAAGGGGUUACAGGGGGUUACAAUGGGUUACAAGGUGUUAAAAGAGGUUACAAAAGGUCACAACGGGUUACAAGGGGUUACCGGGGGUACAAGGGGUUACAAGGGGUGACAGGGGGUGAAAAGGCGUUACAGGGGGUUACAAAGGAUUAUAGAAAAUUUAUUCUAACUAGAACGUUUGCAGAUACUUUUUCUUGCUGUAUUUUGGAUAAAAAUCCGAGUUGAAGAAAUCUCAAAUUUUUGACCAAAACGAUGGACUAACCCCUUAGGAAAAAUUGUAAUUUUGCGUUUUGCGUACACAGUUUUUUUUAUAGUCUUUGAAGGCUUCUUUUUAAUCUAGAACGUCAGGAAACACUUUUUCUCCAUCUAUUUUUGAUAAACACAAAAGAUGAAAAAACUUCAUCUUUUUGACCAAAAUCAUGGACUUUGCAAAGAUGCCAAUUUUGCCUUCUUUUUAAAUCCAUGUUUAUAUUGUCGAGAAAGGCUUGUUGUUUAACGAGAACGUCACCAAAUACGUGUUCUGGGUAUAUUUUGCAUAAAACGAAACGUUCAUAAAAUUUCAAAUUUUUGACCUAAACCAUGGACUAAUCCCCUUUCAAAAAUGUCAAUUUUCUGGGUUUUUGAAACCGACGUUUUUGUAGUUGAGAAAGAGUUUUUUGCUCUUUAAAACGUCGAAAAUAGUUUUUUCACGAUUUAUUUUUACGAUCUAUGACAUGGGAAUACAGGGACUUACAACAGGUUAAUGGGGGGUGUUACAGGGGGUUAAAAUUGGGUAGAAGGGGUUACAGGGUGUUACAAGAGGUUACAAGGGGGUUACAAAGGGUUCCAAGGGGUUACAGGGGGUGACAAGGCGUUACAGUGGGUUAAAAAGUAUUAUAGAAACUUUUUUGUAACUAGAACGUUCCCAGAUACUUUUUCUUGCUCUAUUUUGCAUAAAAAUCAAAGUUGAAGAAAUCUCGAAUUUUUGACCAAAACAAUGGACUAAAGCCUUGGAAAAACCCUUUUGGAAAAAUUCUAAUUGGGCGUUUUUCGUACACAGUUGUUUUUAUACUCUUUAAGGGCUUCUCUUUUAUCUAGAACGUCAGCAAACACUUUUUCUGGAUCUAUAUUUAAUAAACACAAAACAUGUAAAAACUUCAAUUUUUUGACCAUAAUCAUGGACUAUCCGCUUUGAAAGAAUACCAAUCUUGCCCUCUUUUUAAAACCAUGUUUAUAUUGUCUACAAGAUUUGUUGUUUAACGACAACGUCACCAAAUACUUUUUCUGGGUGUAUUUUGCAUAAAACGAAACGUUCAAAAAAAUUUCAAAUUUACAAAAAAAAACAAUGAACUAAACCCCUUUGCAAAACUGCCAAUUUUGUGGGUUUUUGAAAACGAUGUUUUUGUUGUUCAGAAAGGCUUGUUUGCUAUAUAAACCGUGGAGAUCGUUUUUUUACGAUUUAUUUUUACAAUCUAUGACAUUGGAAUAGAGGGGGUUACAAGGGGUUACAGGGGGUUACAGGGUGUUUCAAGGGGUUACAAGGGGUUACAGGGGGUUACAAGGGGUUGCAAGGGGUGACAGGAGGUGACAAGGCGUUACAGGGGGUUACAAAGGAUUAUAGAAACUUUUUUCUAACUAGAACGUUCCCAGAUACUUUUUCUUGGUCUAUUUUGCAUAAAAAUCAUCGUUGAGGUUGAAGUUGGUUUUUGAAACCGAUGUUUUUGUUUUUCAGAAAGACUUGUUUGCUAUAUAAAACGUCGAAAAUCCUUUUUUCACGAUUUAUUUUCACAAUCUAUGACAUUGGAAUAGUGGUGGUUACAAGGAGUUACAGGGGGUUACAGGGUGUUUCAAGGGGUUACAAGGGGUUACAGGGGGUUACAAGGGGUUGCAAGGGGUGACAGGAGGUGACAAGGCGUUACAGGGGGUUACAAAGGAUUAUAGAAACUUUUUUCUAACUAGAACGUUCCCAGAUACUUUUUCUUGGUCUAUUUUGCAUAAAAAUCAUCGUUGAAGUUGAAGUUGGUUUUUGAAACCGAUGUUUUUGUUUUUCAGAAAGACUUGUUUGCUAUAUAAAACGUCGAAAAUCCUUUUUUCACGAUUUAUUUUCACAAUCUAUGACAUUGGAAUAGCGGUGGUUAUAAGGGGUUACAGGGGGUUACAGGGUGUUUCAAGGGGUUACAAGGGGUUACAGGGGGUUACAAGGGGUUGCAAGGGGUGACAGGAGGUGACAAGGCGUUACAGGGGGUUACAAAGGAUUAUAGAAACUUUUUUCUAACUAGAACGUUGCUAGAUACUUUUUCUUGGUCUAUUUUGCAUAAAAAUCAUUGUUGAAAUUGAAGUUGGUUUUUGAAACCGAUGUUUUUGUUUUUCAGAAAGGCUUGUUUGCUAUAUAAAACAUCGAAAAUCGUUUUUUCACGAUUUAUUUUCACGAUCUGUGACAUGGGAAUACAGGGGGUUAUAAGGGGUUACAGGGGGUUACAAUGGGUUACAAGGUGUUAUAAGAGGUUACAAAAGGUCACAACGGGUUACAAGGGGUUACCGGGGGUACAAGGGGUUACAAGGGGUGACAGGGGGUGACAAGGCGUUACAGGGGGUUAGAAAGGAUUAUAGAAAAAUUAUUCUAACUAGAACGUUUGCAGAUACUUUUUCUUGGUCUAUUUUGCAUAAAAAUCAAAGUUGAAGAAAUCUCAAAUUUUUGACCAAAACAACGGACUAAAGCCUUGAAAAACCCCUUUGGAAAAAUUCUAAUUGGGCGUUUUUCGUACACAGUUGUUUUUAUACUCUUUAAGGGCUUCUUUUUUAUCUAGAACGUCAGCAAACACUUUUUCUGGAUCUAUAUUUGAUAAACAAAAAACAUGUAAAAACUUCAUCUUUUUGACCAAAAUCAUGGACUAUCCGCUUUGAAAGAAUACCAAUUUUGCCUUCUUUUUAAAACCAUGUUUAUAUUGUCUACAAGAUUUGUUGUUUAACGACAACGUCACCAAAUACUUUUUCUGGGUGUAUUUUGCUUAAAACGAAACGUUCACAAAAUUUCAAAUUUUAGACCAAAACCAUGAACUAACCCCUUUGCAAACCUGCCAAUUUUGUGGGUUUUUGAAACCGAUGUUUUUGUUGUUCAGAAAGGCUUGUUUGCUAUAUAAACCGUGGAGAUCGUUUUUUUACGAUUUAUUUUUAAAAUCUAUGACAUUGGAAUAGAGGGGGUUACAAAGGGUUACAGGGGGUUACAGGGUGUUUCAAGGGGUUACAAGGGGUUACAGGGGGUUACAAGGGGUUGCAAGGGGUGACAGGAGGUGACAAAGCGUUACAGGGGGUUACAAAGGAUUAUAGAAACUUUUUUCUAACUAGAACGUUCCCAGAUACUUUUUCUUGGUCUAUUUUGCAUAAAAAUCAUCGUUGAAGUUGGUUUUUGAAAUCGAUGUUUUUGUUUUUCAGAAAGACUUGUUUGCUAUAUAAAACGUCGAAAAUCCUUUUUUCACGAUUUAUUUUCACAAUCUAUGACAUUGGAAUAGCGGUGGUUACAAGGGGUUACAGGGGGUUACAGGUUGUUUCAAGGAGUUACAAGGGGUUACAGGGGGUUACAAGGGGUUGCAAGGGGUGACAGGAGGUGACAAGGCGUUACAGGGGGUUACAAAGGAUUAUAGAAACUUUUUUCUAACUAGAACGUUCCCAGAUACUUUUUCUUGGUCUAUUUUGCAUAAAAAUCAUCGUUGAAGUUGGUUUUUGAAAUCGAUGUUUUUGUUUUUCUGAAAGACUUGUUUGCUAUAUAAAACGUCGAAAAUCCUUUUUUCACGAUUUAUUUUCACAAUCUAUGACAUUGGAAUAGUGGUGGUUACAAGGGGUUACAGGGUGUUUCAAGGGGUUACAAGGGGUUACAGGGGGUUACAAGGGGUUGCAAGGGGUGACAGGAGGUGACAAGGCGUUACAGGGGGUUACAAAGGAUUAUAGAAACUUUUUUCUAACUAGAACGUUGCUAGAUACUUUUUCUUGGUCUAUAUUGCAUAAAAAUCAUUGUUGAAGUUGAAGUUGGUUUUUGAAACCGAUGUUUUUGUUUUUCAGAAAGGCUUGUUUGCUAUAUAAAACAUCGAAAAUCGUUUUUUCACGAUUUAUUUUCACGAUCUGUGACAUGGGAAUACAGGGGGUUAUAAGGGGUUACAGGGGGUUACAAUGGGUUACAAGGUGUUAUAAGAGGUUACAAAAGGUCACUACGGGUUACAAGGGGUUACCGGGAGUACAAGGGGUUACAAGGGGUGACAGGGGGUGACAAGGCGUUACAGGGGGUUACAAAGGAUUAUAGAAAAUUUAUUCUAACUAGAACGUUUGCGGAUACUUUUUCUUGGUCUAUUUUGCAUAAAAAUCAAAGUUGAAGAAAUCUCGAAUUUUUGACUAAAACAAUGGACUAUAGCCUUGGAAAAACCCCUUUGGAAAAAUUCUAAUUGGGCGUUUUUCGUACACAGUUGUUUUUAUACUCUUUAAGGGCUUCUUUUUUAUCUAGAACGUCAGCAAACACUUUUUCUUGAUCUAUUUUUGAUAAACACAAAACAUGAAAAAACUUCAACUUUUUGACCAAAAUCAUGGACUAUCCCCUUUUAAAGAAUGCCAAUUUUGCCUUCUUUUUAAAACCAUGUUUAUAUUGUGUACAAGACUUGUUGUUUAACGACAACGUCACCAAAUACUUUUUCUGGGUGUAUUUUGCAUAAAACGAAACGUUCACAAAAUUUCAAAUUAAAAAAAAAAACAAUGAACUAACCCCUUUGCAAAAAUCCCAAUUUUGUGGGUUUUUGAAACCGAUGUUUUUGUUGCUCAGAAAGGGUUGUUUGCUAUGUAAACCGUGAAGAUCGUUUUUUCACGAUUUAUUUUUACAAUCUAUGACAUUGGAAUAGAGGGGGUUACAAGGGGUUACAGGGGGUUACAAGGGGUUGCAAGGGGUGACAGGAGGUUACAAGGCGUUACAGGGGGCUACAAAGGAUUAUAGAAACUUUUUUCUAACUAGAACGUUCCCAGAUACUUUUUCUUGGUCUAUUUUGCAUAAAAAUCAUUGUUGAAGUUGAAGUUGGUUUUUGAAACCGAUUUUUUUGUUGUUCAGAAAGGCUGGUUUGCUAUAUAAAACGUCGAAAAUCGUUUUUUCACGAUUUAUUUUCACGAUCUGUGACAUGGGAAUAGAGGGGGUUUCAAGGGGUUACAGGGGGUUACAAUGGGUUACAAGGUGUUAAAAGAGGUUACAGAAGGUCACAACGGGUUACAAGGGGUUACCGCGGGUAGAAGGGGUUACAAGGGGUGACAGGGGGCGACAAGGCGUUACAGGGGGUUACAAAGGAUUAUAGAAAAUUUAUUCUAACUAGAACGUUUGCAGAUACUUUUUCUUGCUCUAUUUUGCAUAAAAGUCAAAGUUGAAGAAAUCUCAAUUUUUUGACCAAAACGUUGGACUAACCCCUAAGGAAAAAUUCUAAUUUUGCGUUUUGCGUACACAGUUGUUUUUAUAGUCUUUGAAGGCUUCUUUUUAAUCUAGAACGUCAGCAAACACUUUUUCUCCAUCUAUUUUUGAUAAACACAAAAGAUGAAAAAACUUCAUCUUUUUGACCAAAAUCAUGGACUUUGCAAAAAUGCCAAUUUUGCCUUCUUUUUAAAUCCAUGUUUAUAUUGUCUAGAAAGGCUUGUAUUCUAACAAGAACGUCACCAAAUACUUUUUCUGGGAGUAUUUUGCAUAAAACGAAACGUUCAUAAAAUUUCAAAUUUUUGACCUAAACCAUGGACUAAUCCCUUUUCAAAAAUGCCAAUUUUCUGGGUUUUUGAAACCGACGUUUUUGUAGUUCAGAAAGCCUUUUUUGCUCUUUAAAACGUCGAAAAUAGUUUUUUCACGAUUUGUUUUUACGAUCUAUGACAUGGGAAUACAGGGAGUUACAACGGGUUAAUGGGGGGUUACAGGGGGUUACAAAGGGGUUAGAAGGGGUUACAGGGGUUACAAGGGGGGUAGAAGGGGUUACACGGGGUUACAAGGGGUUACAAGGGGGUUACAAAGGGUUCCAAGGGGUUACAGGGGGUGACAAGGCGUUACAGUGGGUUAAAAAGUAUUAUAGAAACUUUUUUCUAACUAGAACGUUCCCAGAUACUUUUUCUUGGUCUAUUUUGCAUAAAAAUCAAAGUUGAAGAAAUCUCGAAUUUUUGACCAAAACAAUGGACUAAAGCCUUGGAAAAACCCCUUUGGAAAAAUUCUAAUUGGGCGUUUUUCGUACACAGUUGUUUUUAUAGUCUUAAAGGGUUCUUUUUUAUCUAGAACGUCAGCAAACACUUUUUCUGGAUCUAUUUUUGAUAAACACAAAACAUGAAAAAACGUCAACUUUUUGACCAAAAUCAUGGACUAUCCGCUUUGAAAGAAUGCCAAUUUUGCCUUGUUUUUAAAACCAUGUUUAUAUUGUCUACAAGGCUUGUUGUUUAACGACAACGUCACCAAAUACUUUUUCUGGGUGUAUUUUGCAUAAAACAAAACGUUCACAAAAUUUCAAAUUUAAAAAAAAAAAACAAUGAACUAACCCCUUUGCAAAAAUGCUAAUUUUGUGGGUUUUUGAAACCGAUGUUUUUGUUGUUCAGAAAGGCUUGUUUGCUAUAUAAACCGUGGAGAUCGUUUUUUUACGAUUUAUUUUUACAAUCUAUGACAUUGGAAUAGAGGGGGUUACAAGGGGUUACAGGGGGUUACAGGGUGUUUCAAGGGGUUACAGGGGGUUACAAGGGGUUGCAAGUGGUGACAGGAGGUGACAAGGCGUUAGAGGGGGUUACAAAGGAUUAUAGAAACUUUUUUCUAACUAGAAUGUUCCCAGAUACUCUUUCUUGGUCUAUUUUGCAUAAAAAUCAAAGUUGAAGAAAUCUCAAAUUUUUGACCAAAACGAUAAACUAACUCCUUUAAAAAAAUUCUAAUUCUGCGUUUUUCGUACACAGUUGUUUUUAUAGUCUUUAAAGUCUUCUUUUUUAUCUAGAACGUCAGCAAACACUUUUUCUUGAUGUAUUUUUGAUAAACACAAAAGAUGAAAAAACUUCAACUUUUUGACCAAAAUCAUGGACUAUCCCCUUUGCAAAAAGGCCAAUUUUGCCUUCUUUUUAAAUCCAUGUUUAUAUUGUCUAGAAAGGCUUGUUUGUUAACGAGAACGUCGCCAAAUACUUUAUUCUGGUUUAUUUUGGAGAAAACGAAACGUUCACAAUGACAUGGGAAUACAGGGGGUUACAAAGGGUUACAGGGGGUUACAGGGGGUUACAAGGGGUUACAAGGGGUUACAGGGGGUUACUAAGGGUUAAAAGGGGUUACAGGGGGUUACGAGGGGUUGAGAGCCGUUACAAAGGGUUACAAGGGGUGACAAUGGGUGACAAGGCGUUACAGGGGUUUACAAAGGAUUAUAGUAACUUUUUUCUAACCAGAACGUUCCCAGAUAAAAAGUUAAAGUUGAAGUUGCUUUUUGAAACCGACUGUUUUGUUGUUCGGAAACGCCGGUUUGGUAUAUAAAACGUCAAAAACGUAUAUAACAUAGGAAUAAAGAGUGGUUACAAGGGGUUACAUGGGGUACCAUCGGUUACAAGGGAUUACAAGAAGUUACAGGGGGUUACAAGGGGUUACAGGGUGUUACAAAGGGUUAGAAGGGGUUACUGGGGGUUACAAGGGGAUGAGAGCCCUUACAAGGGGUUACAAGGGGUUACAAGGGGUGACAAAGAUACUUUUUCUUGGUCAAUUUUGCAUAAAAAUCAAAGUUGAAGAAAUCUCAAAUUUUUGACCAAACAAUGGACGAACCCCUUUGGAAAAAUUCUAAUUUUGCGUUUUUUGUACACACUUGUUUUUAUAGUCUUUAAAGGGUUCUUUUUUAUCUAGAACGUCAGGAAACACUUUUUCUCGAUCUAUUUUUGAUAAACACAAUAGAUGAAAAAAACUUCAACUUUUUGACCAAAACCAUGAACUAACCCCUUUGCAAAAAUGCCAAUUUUGUGGGUUUUUAAAACCGAUGAUUUUGUUGUUCAGAAAGGCUUGUUUGCUAUAAAAAACUUCGAAAAUCGUUUUUUCACGAUUUAUUUUUACGAUCUAUGACAUGGGAAUACAGGAAGUUAAAAGGGGUUACAGGGGGUUAGAGGGGGUUACCAGGUGGUUGCAAGGGGUUAAGGAGGUUACAAACACUUUCUCUCGUUCUAUUUUUGAUAGACACAAAACAUAAAAAAACUUCAUCUUUUUCACCAAAAUCAUGCAGUUUGCAACAAUGCCAUUUUUACCUUCUUUUUAAAUCCAUGUUUAUAUUGUCUAGAAAGGCUUUCGAACGACAACGUCACCAAAUACGUUUUCUGGGUGUAUUUUGCAUAAAACGAAACGUUCACAAAAUUUCAAAUUUUUGACCAAAACCAUGGACUAACCCCUUUGCAAAAAUGCCAAUUUUGUGGGUUUUUGAAACCGAUGUUUUUGUUGUUCAGAAAGGCUUUUUUGCUAUAUAAAACGUGGAAAAUCGUUUUCUCACGAUUUAUUUUUACCAUCUAUGACAUGGGAAUACAGGGGAUUACAAGGGGUUACAGGGUGUUACAGGGGGUUACAAGGGGUUACAAGGGUUUACAAGGUGUUAAAAGGGGUCGCAAAAGGGGUUACAGGGGUUUCAAGGAGUUACAAGGGGUGACAGGGGUGACGAGACGUUACAGAAGUUUACGAAGGAUUAUAGAAACUUUUUCUAACUAGAACUUCACCAGAUACUUUUUCUUGGUCUAUUUUCAAUAAAAAUCGAAGUUGAAGAAAUCUCAAAUUUUUGACCAAGACGAUGGACUAACCCCUUUGGAAAUAUUCUAAUUUUUCGUUUUUCGUACGCACUUGUUUUUAUAGUGUUUGAAGGCUUCUUUUUUUUUCUAGAACGUCAGCAAACACUUUUUCUCGAUCUAUUUUUAUAAACACAAAAGAUUAAAAAAUCUUCAACUUUUUGACCAAAAUCAUGGACUAUCCCUUUUGCAAAAAUGCCAAUUUUGCCUUCUUUUUUUUAAUCCAUGUUUAUAUUGUCUAGAAAGGCUUGUUUUCUAACCAUAACGUCACGAAAAACUUCUUCUGGGUGUAUUUUGCGUAAAACGAAACGUUCACAAAAUUUCAAAUUUUUGACGAAAACCAUGGACUAACCCCUUUGGAAAAAUGCCAAUUUUGUGGGUAUUUAAAACGGAUGUUUUUGUUGUUCAGACAGGCUUGUGUGCUAUAAAAAUCGUCGAAAAUCGUUUUUUUACGAUUUCUUUUUACGAUCCAUGACAUGGGAAUACAGGGGGUUUAAAAGGGUUACAGGGGGUUACAGGGGGUUACAAGGGGUUAAGGGGGUUACAAAGGGUUACAGGGAGUUACAGGGGGUUACAAGGGGUUACAAGGGGUGACAUGGGGUGACAAGGCGUUACAGGGGGUUGCAAAGGAUUGUAAAAUCUUUCUUUUAACUAGAAGGUUCCCAAAUACUUUUUCUUGGACAAAUUUUGCAUAAAAAUCAAAGUUGAAGAAAUGCUGAGAAAUUUUGAAACCGAUGUUUUUGUUUUUCAGAAAGGCUUGUUUGCUAUGUAAAACGUCGAAAAUCGUUUUUUCACGAUUUAUUUUCAGGAUCUAUGACAUGGCAAUACAGGGGGUUACAGGGGGUUACAAUGGGUUAAGAGGGCUUACAGGGGGUUACAAGUGGUGACAAGGGGUGACAAGCGGUGACAAGGGGUGACAAGGGUUGGCAAGGCGUUACAGGGGGUUACAAAGGAUUAUACAAACUUUUUUCUAUCCUGAACGUUCCCAGAUACUUUUUCUUGGUCUAUUUUGCAUAAAAAUCAAAGUUGAACAAAUCUCAAAUUUUUGACCAAAACGAUGGACUAACCCUUUUGGAAAAAUUCUAAUUUUGCGCGUUUCGCACACGGUUGUUUUUAUAGUCUUUAAAGGCUUCUUUUUUAUCGAGAACGUCAGCAAACACUUUCUCUCGUUCUAUUUUUGAUAGACACAAAACAUUAAAAAACUUCAUCUUUUUCACCAAAAUCAUGCAGUUUGCAACAAUGCCAUUUUUACCUUCUUUUUAAAUCCAUGUUUAUAUUGUCUAGAAAGGCUUUCGAACGACAACGUCACCAAAUACGUUUUCUGGGUGUAUUUUGCAUACAACGAAACGUUCACAAAAUUUCAAAUUUUUGACCAAAACCAUGGACUAACCCCUUUGCAAAAAUGCCAAUUUUGUGGGUUUUUGAAACCGAUGUUUUUGUUGUUCAGAAAGGCUUGUUUGCUAUAUAAAACUUCGAAAAUCGUUUUUUCACGAUUUAUUUUCACGAUCUAUGACAUGGGAAUACAGACGGUUACAAGGGUUACAGCGGGUUACAGGGGGUUACAAGGGUUUACAAUCGGUUACAGGGGGUUGCAAGGGGUUAAAAGAGGUUACAAGGGGUUACAAGGGGUGACACGUGGUGACAAGGUCUUACAGGGGGUUACAAAGGAUUAUAGAAACUUCUUUCUAACUAGAACUUUCCCAGAUACUUUUUCUUGGUCUUUUUUGCAUAAAAAUCAAAGUUGAAGAAAUCUCAAAUUUUUGACCAAAACGAUGGACUUACUCCUUUGAAAAUAUUCUAAUUUUGCGUUUUUCGUACACAGUUGUUUUUAUAGUCUUUAAAAGCUUUUUUUUUAUCUAGAACUUCAGCAAACACUUUUUCUCGAUCUAUUUUUGAUAAACACAAAACAUGAAAAACCUUCAACUUUUUGACCAAAAUCAUGGACUUUUCAAAAAUGCCAAUUUUGCCUUCUUUGUAAAUCCAUGUUUAUAUUGUCUAGAAAGGCUUGUUUGUUAACGAGAACGUCACCAAAUACUUUCUCUGGGUGUAUUUUGCAUAAAACGAAACAUUCACAAAAUUUCAAAUUUUUGACCAAAACCAUGGACUAACCCCUUUGCAAAAAUGCCAAUUUUGUGGGUUUUGAAAACGAUGUUUUUGUUGUUUAGAAAGGCUUGUUUGCUAUAAAAAUCGUAGAAAAUCGUUUUUUCACGAUUUAUUUUCACGAUCUAUGACAUGGGAAUACAGACGGUUACAAGGGUUACCGGGGGUUACAGGAGGUUACAACAGUUUACAAGGGGUUACAGGGGGUUGCAAGGGGUUACAAGGAGUUACACGGGGUUACAAGGGGUUACAAGGGGUGACACAGGGUGAGAAGGCCUUACGUGGGGUUACAAAGGAUUAUAGAAACUUUUUUCUAACUAGAACGUUCCCAGACACUUUUUCUUGCUCUAUUUUGGAUAAAAAUCAAAGUUAAAGAAAUCUCAAAUUUUUGACCAAAACGAUGGACUAAUCCCUUUGGAAAUAUUCUAAUCUUGCGUUUCUCGUACACACUUGUUUUUAUAGUCUUUAAAGGCUUCUUUUUUAUCUAGAACUUUAGCAAACACUUUUUCUCGAUCUAUUUUUGAUAAACACAAAAGAUUAAAAAACUUCAACUUUUUUACCAAAAUCAUGGACUUUGCAAAAAUGCCAAUUUUGCCUUUUUUUUAAAUCCAUGUUUAUAUUGUCUAGAAAGGCUUGUUAUCUAACGAGAACGUCACUAAAUACUUUUUCUGGGUGUAUUUUGCAUAAAACGAAACAGUCAUAAAAUUUCAAAUUUUUGACCAAAACCAUGGACUAACCCCUUUGCAAAAAUGCCAAUUUUGUGGGUUUUUGAAACCGAUGUUUUUGUUGUUCAGAAAGGCUUUUUUGCUAUAUAAAACGUGGAAAAUCGUUUUCUCACGAUUUAUUUUUACCAUCUAUGACAUGGGAAUACAGGGGAAUACAAGGGGUUACAGGGUGUUACAGGGGGUUACAAGGGGUUACAAGGGUUAACAAGGUGUUAAAAGGGGUCGCAAGGGGUUACAGGGGGUUUCAAGGUGUUACAAGGGGUGACAGGGGGUGACGAGACGUUACAGAAGUUUACGAAGGAUUAUAGAAACUUUUUUCUAACUAGAACUUUACCAGAUACUUUUUCUUGGUCUAUUUUCCAUAAAAAUCAAAGUUGAAGAAAUCUCAAAUUUUUGACCAAGACGAUGGACUAACCCCUUUGGAAAUAUUCUAAUUUUUCGUUUUUCGUACGCACUUGUUUUUAUAGUUUUUGAAGGCUUCUUUUUUAUCUAGAACGUCAGCAAACACUUUUUCUCGAUCUAUUUUUUAUAAACACAAAAGAUUAAAAAAACUUCAACUUUUUGACCAAAAUCAUGGACUAUCCCUUUUGCAAAAAUGCCAAUUUUGCCUUCUUUUUUAAUCCAUGUUUAUAUUGUCUAGAAAGGCUUGUUUUCUAACCAUAACGUCACGAAAAACUUCUUCUGGGUGUAUUUUGCGUAAAACGAAACGUUCACAAAAUUUCAAAUUUUUGACGAAAACCAUGGACUAACCCCUUUGGAAAAAUGCCAAUUUUGUGGGUAUUUAAAACGGAUGUUUUUGUUGUUCAGACAGGCUUGUGUGCUAUAAAAAUCGUCGAAAAUCGUUUUUUUACGAUUUCUUUUUACGAUCCAUGACAUGGGAAUACAGAAAGUUAAAAGGGGUUACAGGGGGUUACAGGGGGUUACAAGAAGGUUGCAAGAGGUUAAGGAGAUUACAAGGGGUUACGGGGAGUUACAGGGGGUUACAAGAGGUGACAUGGGGUGAGAAGGCGUUACAGGGGGUUACAAAGGAUUAUAAAAUCUUUAUUUUAACUAGAACGUUCCAACAUACUUUUUCUUGGUCAAUUUUGCAUAAAAAUCAAAGUUGAAGAAAUUUUGAAAAUUUUUGAAACCGAUGUUUUUGUUUUUCAGAAAGGCUUGUUUGCUAAAUAAAACGUAGAAAAUCGUUUUUUCACGAUUUAUUUUCACGAUCUAUGACAUGGGAUUAAAGGGGGUUACAAAGGGUUACAGGGGGUUACAGGGGGUUACAAGGGGUUACAAGGGGUUAAGGGGGUUAUAAAGGGUUAAAAGGGGUUACAGGGGGUUACCAGGGGUUGAGAGCCGUUACAAAGGGUUACAAGGGGUUACAAGGGGUGACAAAGGGUGACAAGGCGUUACAGGGGUUUACAAAGGAUUAUAGAAACUUUUUUCUAAGCAGAACGUUCCCAGAUCCUUUUUCUUGGUCAAUUUUGCAUAAAAAUCAAAGUUGAAGAAAUCUCAAAUUUUUGACCAAACAAUGGACUAACCCCUUUGGAAAAAUUCUAAUUUUGCGUUUUUCCUACACAGUUGUUUUUAUAGUCUUUAAAGGCUUCUUUUUUAUCUAGAACGUCAGCAAAGACUUUUUCUCAAUCUAUUUUUGAGAAACACAAAAGAGGAAAACCUUCAACUUUUUGACCAAAAUCAUGGACUAUCCCCUUUGCAAAAAGGCCAAUUUUGCCUUCUUUGUAAAUCCAUGUUUAUAUUGUCUAGAAAGGCUUGUUUUCUAACGACAACGUCACCAAAUACGUUUUCUGGGUGUAUUUUGCAUAAAACGAAACGUUCACAAAAUUUCAAAUUUUUGACGAAAACCAUGUACUAACCACUUUGAAAAAUGCCAAUUUUGUAGGUUUUUGAAACCGAUGUUUUUGUUGUUCAGAAAGGCUUGUUUGCAAUAUAAAACGUCGAAAAUCGUUUUUUUGCGACUUAUUUUCACGAUCUAUGACAUGGGAAUACAGUCGGUUACAAGGGUUACAGCGGGCUACAGGGGGUUAGAAGGGUUUACAGGCGGUUACAGUGGUUUGCAAGGGGUGAUAAGGUGUUAAAAGAGGUUACAGGGGCUUACAAGGGGUUACAAGGGGUGACAUGGGGUGACAAGGCGUUACAGGGGGUUACAAAGGAUUAUAGAAACUUUUUUCUAACUAGAACGUUCCCAGAUACUUUCUCUUGGUCUAUUUUGCAUAAAAUUCAAACUUGGAGAUGUCAAAUUUUUGACCAAACGAUGGACUUACCCCUUUGGAAGAAUUUUAAUUUUGCGUCUUUUAUACACAGUUAUUUUUAUAGUCUUUAAAAGCUUUUUUUUUAUCUAGAACGUCAGCAAACACUUUUUCUCAAUCUAUUUUUGAUAAACACAAAACAUAAAAAAAACUCAAAACUCUUUGACGAAAAUCAUGGACAUUGCAAAAAUGCCAAUUUUUCCUUCUUUUUAAAUCCAUGUUCAUAUUGUCUAGAAAGGCUUGUUUAAUAACAAGAACGUCACCAAAUACUUUCUCUGGGUGUAUUUUGCUUAAAACGAAACGUUCGCAAAAUUUCAAAUUUUAGACCAAAACCAUGAACUAACCCCUUUGCAAAAAUGCCAAUUAUGUGGGUUUUUAAAACGGAUGUUUUUGUUGUUCAGACAGGCUUGUUUGCUAUAAAAAGCGUCGAAAAUCGUUUUUUCACGAUUUAUUUUUACGAUCUAUGACAUGGGAAUACAGGGGGUUAAAAGAGGUUACAGGUGGUUACAGGCGGUUACAGGGGGUUACAAGGGGUUAAGGGGGUUACAAGGGGUUACAGGGGGUUACAGGGGGUUACAAGGGGUUACAAGGGGUGACAUGGGGUGACAAGUCGUUACAGGGGGUUACAAAGGAUUAUAAAAUCUUUAUUUUUAACUAGAACUUUCCCAGAUACUUUUCUUGGUCAAUUUUGCAUAAAAAUCAAAGUUGAAGAAAUUUUGAAAAUUUUUGAAACCGAUGUUUUUGUUUUUCAGAAAGGCUUUUUUGCUAUAUAAAUCGCCGAAAAUCGUGUUUCACGAUUUAUUUUCACGAUCUAUGACAUGGGAAUACAGGGGGCUAAGAAGGGUUACAGGGCUCACAGGGGGUAUUAGUGGUUACAUGGGGUUACAAGGGAUUACAAUUGCUUUUGACCAAAAUCAUGGACUAUCCGCUUUGAAAGAAUGCCAAUUUUGCCUUCUUUUUAAAACCAUGUUCAUAUUGUCUACAAGGCUUGUUGUUUAACGACAACGUCACCAAAUACUUUUUCUGGGUGUAUUUUGCAUAAAAAGAAACGUUCACAAAAUUUCAAAUUAAAAAAAAAAAGACAACGAACUAACCCCUUUGCAAAAAUGCCAAUUUUGUGGGUUUUUGAAACCGAUGUUUUUGUUGUUCAGAAAGGCUUGUUUGCUAUAUCAACCGUGGAGACCGUUUUUUUACGAUUUACAAGGGGUUGCAAGGGGUGACAGGAGGUGACAAGGCGUUACAGGGGGUUACAAAGGAUUAUAGAAACUUUUUUCUAUCUAGAACGUUCCUAGAUACUUUUUCUUGGUCUAUUUUGCAUAAAAAUCAUUGUUGAAGUUGAAGUUGGUUUUUGAAACCGAUGUUUUUGUCUUUCAGAAAGACUUGUUUGCCAUAUAAAACGUCGAAAAUCGUUUUUUCACGAUUUAUUUUCAAAAUCUAUGACAUUAGAAUAGAUGGGGUUACAAGGGGUUACAGGGGGUUACAGGGUGUUUCAAGGGGUUACAAGGGGUUACAGGGGGUUACAAUGGGUUACAAGGUGUUAAAAGAGGUUACAGAAGGUCACAACGGGUUACAAGGGGUUACCGGGGGUACAAGGGGUUACAAAGGGUGACAGGGGGUGACAAGGCGUUACAGGGGGUUACAAAGGAUUAUAGAAAAUUUAUUCUAACUAGAACGUUUGCAGAUACGUUUUCUUGCUCUAUUUUGCAUAAAAAUCAAAGUUGAAGAAAUCUCAAAUUUUUGACCAAAACGAUGGACUAACCCGUAAGGAAAAAUUCUAAUUUUGCGUUUUGCGUACACAGUUGUUUUUAUAGUCUUUGAAGGCUUCUUUUUAAUCUAGAACGUCAGCAAACACUUUUUCUCCAUCUAUUUUUGAUAAACACAAAAGAUGAAAAAACUUCAUCUUUUUGACCAAAAUCAUGGACUUUGCAAAAAUGCCAAUUUUGCCUUCUUUUUAAAUCCAUGUUUAUAUUGUCGAGAAAGGCUUGUUGUUUAACGAGAACGUCACCAAAUACGUUUUCUGGGUGCAUUUUGCAUAAAACGAAACGUUCAUAAAAUUUCAAAUUUUUGACCUAAACCAUGGACUAAUCCCUUUUCAAAAAUGCCAAUUUUCUGGGUUUUUGAAACCGACGUUUUUGUAGUUGAGAAAGAGUUUUUUGCUCUUUAAAACGUCGAAAAUAGUUUUUUCACAAUUUAUUUUUACGAUCUAUGACAUGGGAAUACAGGAAGUUACAACGAAAUAAGGGGGGGUUUACAGGGGGUUACAAGGGGUUAGAAGGGGUUACAGGGGGUUACAGGGGGUUACAAGGGGGUAGAAGGGGUUACAGGGGGUUACAAGGGGUUACAAGGGGGUUGCAAAGGGCUCCAACGGGUUACAGGGGGUGACAAGGCGUUACAGUGGGUUAAAAAGUAUUAUAGAAACUUUUUUCUAACUAGAACGUUCCCAGAUACUCUUUCUUGGUCUAUUUUGCAUAAAAAUCAAAGUUGAAGUUGAAGUUGCUUUUUGAAACCGACGUUUCUGUUGUUCAGAAAGGCUUGUUUGCUAUAUAAAACGUCGAAAACUUCUAUGACAUACGAAUACAGGGGGUUACAAGGGGUUACAAUGGGUUACAAGGGGUUACAAGAGGUUACAGGGGGUUACAAGAGCUUACAGGGGGUUACAAGGGGUUAAAAGGGGUGACACGGGGUGACAAGUCGUUACAGCGUGUUGCAAAGGAUUACAGAAACUUUUUGCUAACUAGAACGUUCCCAGAUACUUUUUCUUGGUCUAUUUUGCAUAAAAAUCAAAGUUGAAGAAAUCUCAAAUUUUUGACCAAAACGAUGGACUAACCCCUAAGGAAAAAUUCUAAUUUUGCGUUUUUCGUACACAGUUGUUUUUAUAGUCUUUAAAGCCUUCUUUUUUAUCUAGAACACGAGGAAACACUUUUUCUCGAUCUAUUUUUUAUAAACACAAAAGAUGAAAAAACUUCAACUUUUUGACCAAAAACAUGGACGUUGCAAAAAUGCCAGUUUUUCCUUGUUUUUAAAUCCAUGUUUAUAUUGUCUAGAAAGGCAUGUUUUCCAACGAGAACAUCGCCAAAUAUUUUCUCUUGGUGUAUUUUGCAUAAAAGAAAACGUUCACAAAAUUUCAAAUUUUUGACCAAAACCAUGGACUAAUCCCUUUGCAAAAAUGCCAAUUUUCUGGGUUUUUGAAACCGACGUUUUUGUAGUUCAGAAAGACAUUUUUGCUCUUUAAAACGUCGAAAAUAGUUUUUUCACGAUUUAUUGUCACGAUCUAUGACAUGGGAAUACAGGGAGUUAAAACGGGUUAAUGUGGGGGGGGGGUUACAGAGGGUUACAAGGGGUUAGAAGGGGUUACAGGGGGUGACAAGGGGUUAGAAGGGGUUACAGGGGGUUACAGGGGGUUACAAGGGGGUUAGAAAGGGUUCCAAGGGGUUACAGGGUGUGACAAGGCGUUACGGUGGGUUACAAAGUAUUAUAGAAACUUUUUUCUAACUAGAACGUUCCCAGAUACUUUUUCUUGGUCUAUUUUGCAUAAAAAUCAAAGUUGAAGAAAUCUCGAAUUUUUGACUAAAACAAUGGACUAUAGCCUUGGAAAAACCCCUUUGGAAAAAUUCUAAUUGGGCGUUUUUCGUACACAGUUGUUUUUAUACUCUUUAAGGGCUUCUUUUUUAUCUAGAACGUCAGCAAACACUUUUUCUGGAUCUAUUUUUGAUAAACACAAAACAUGAAAAAACUUCAACUUUUUGACCAAAAUCAUGGACUAUCCGCUUUGAAAGAAUGCCAAUUUUGCCUUCUUUUUAAAACCAUGUUCAUAUUGUCUACAAGGCUCGUUGUUUAACGACAACGUCACCAAAUACUUUUUCUGGGUGUAUUUUGCAUAAAAAGAAACGUUCACAAAAUUUCAAAUUAAAAAAAAAAAAAACAACGAACUAACCCCUUUGCAAAAAUGCCAAUUUUGUGGGUUUUUGAAACCGAUGUUUUUGUUGUUCAGAAAGGCUUGUUUGCUAUAUCAACCGUGGAGAUCGUUUUUUUACGAUUUAUUUUCACGAUCUGUGACAUUGGAAUAGAGGGGGUUACAAGGGGUUGCAAGGGGUGACAGGAGGUGACAAGGCGUUACAGGGGGUUACAAAGGAUUAUAGAAACUUUUUUCUAUCUAGAACGUUCCUAGAUACUUUUUCUUGGUCUAUUUUGCAUAAAAAUCAUUGUUGAAGUUGAAGUUGGUUUUUGAAACCGAUGUUUUUGUCUUUCAGAAAGACUUGUUUGCUAUAUAAAACGUCGAAAAUCGUUUUUUCACGAUUUAUUUUCAAAAUCUAUGACAUUAGAAUAGAUGGGGUUAAAAGGGGUUACAGGGGUUACAGGGUGUUUCAAGGGGUUACAAGGGGUUACAGGGGUUACAAUGGGUUACAAGGUGUUAAAAGAGGUUACAGAAGGUCACAACGGGUUACAAGGGGUUACCGGGGGUACAAGGGGUUACAAAGGGUGACAGGGGGUGACAAGGCGUUACAGGGGGUUACAAAGGAUUAUAGAAAAUUUAUUCUAACUAGAACGUUUGCAGAUACGUUUUCUUGCUCUAUUUUGCAUAAAAAUCAAAGUUGAAGAAAUCUCAAAUUUUUGACCAAAACAACCGACUAAAGCCUUGGAAAAACCCCUUUGGAAAAAUUCUAAUUGGGCGUUUUUCGUACUCAGUUGUUUUUAUACUCUUUAAGGGCUUCUUUUUUAUCUAGAACGUCAGCAAACACUUUUUCUGGAUCUAUUUUUGAUAAACACAAAACAUGAAAAAACUUCAAAUUUUUGACCAAAAUCAUGGACUAUCCGCUUUGAAAGAAUGCCAAUUUUGCCUUCUUUUUAAAACCAUGUUUAUAUUGUGUACAAGACUUGUUCUUUAACGACAACGUCACCAAAUACUUUUUCUGGGUGUAUUUUGCAUAAAACGAAACGUUCACAAAAUUUCAAAUUUAAAAAAAAAACAAUGAACCAACCCCUUUGCAAAACUGCCAAUUUUGUGGGUUUUUGAAACCGAUGUUUUUGUUGUUCAGAAAGACUUGUUUGCUAUAUAAACCGUGAAGAUCGUUUUUUCACGAUUUAUUUUCAUAAUCUAUGACAUUGGAAUAGAGGGGGUUACAAGGGGUUACAUGGGGUUACAGGGUGUUUCAAGGGGUUACAAGGGGUUACAGGGGGUUACAAGGGGUUGCAAGGGGUGACAGGAGGUGACAAGGCGUUACAGGGGGUUACAAAGGAUUAUAGAAACUUUUUUCUAACUAGAACGUUCCCAGAUACUUUUUCUUGGCCUAUUUUGCAUAAAAAUCAUCGUUGAUGUGUAAGUUGGUUUUUGAAACCGAUGUUUUUGUUUUUCAGAAAGACUUGUUUGCUUUAUAAAACGUCGAAAAUCCUUUUUUCACGAUUUAUUUUUACAAUCUAUGACAUUGGAAUAGUGGUGGUUACAAGGGGUUACAGGGGGUUACAGGGUGUUUCAAGGGGUUACAGGGGGUUACAGGGGGCUACAAGGGGUUGCAAGGAUUGACUGGAGGGGACAACGCGUUACAGGGGGUUACAAGGGGUUGCAAGGGGUGACAGGAGGUGACAAGGCGUUACAGGGGGUUACAAAGGAUUAUAGAAACUUUUUUCUAACUAGAACGUUCCCAGAUACUUUUUCUUGGUCUAUUUUGCAUAAAAAUCAUUGUUGAAGUUGAAGUUGGUUUUUGAAACCGAUUUUUUUGUUGUUCAGAAAGGCUGGUUUGCUAUAUAAAACGUCGAAAAUCGUUUUUUCACGAUUUAUUUUCACGAUCUGUGACAUGGGAAUAGAGGGGGUUUCAAGGGGUUACAGGGGGUUACAAUGGGUUACAAGGUGUUAAAAGAGGUUACAGAAGGUCACAACGGGUUACAAGGGGUUACCGCGGGUAGAAGGGAUUACAAGGGGUGACAGGGGGCGACAAGGCGUUACAGGGGGUUACAAAGGAUUAUAGAAAAUUUAUUCUAACUAGAACGUUUGCAGAUACUUUUUCUUGCUCUAUUUUGCAUAAAAGUCAAAGUUGAAGAAAUCUCUAAUUUUUGACCAAAACGAUGGACUAACCCCUAAGGAAAAAUUCUAAUUUUGCGUUUUGCGUACACAGUUGUUUUUAUAGUCUUUGAAGGCUUCUUUUUAAUCUAGCACGUCAGCAAACACUUUUUCUCCAUCUAUUUUUGAUAAACACAAAAGAUGAAAAAACUUCAUCUUUUUGACCAAAAUCAUGGACUUUGCAAAAAUGCCAAUUUUGCCUUCUUUUUAAAUCCAUGUUUAUAUUGUGUAGAAAGGCUUGUAUUCUAACGAGAACGUCACCAAAUACGUUUUCUGGGUGUAUUUUGCAUAAAACGAAACGUUCAUAAAAUUUCAAAUUUUUGACCUAAACGAUGGACUAAUCCCUUUUCAAAAAUGCCAAUUUUCUGGGUUUUUGAAACCGACGUUUUUGUAGUUGAGAAAGAGUUUUUUGCUCUUUAAAACGUCGAAAAUAGUUUUUUCACGAUUUAUUUUUACGAUCUAUGACAUGGGAAUACAGGGACUUACAACAGGUUAAUGGGGGGGGGGGGGGGGUUACAGGGGGUUAAAAUUGGGUAGAAGGGGUUACAGGGUGUUACAAGAGGUUACAAGGGGGUUACAAAGGGUUCCAAGGGGUUACAGGGGGUGACAAGACGUUACAGUGGGUUAAAAAGUAUUAUAGAAACUUUUUUCUAACUAGAACGUUCCCAGAUACUUUUUCUUGGUGUAUUUUGCAUAAAAAUCAAAGUUGAAGAAAUCUCAAAUUUUUGACCAAAACAAUGGACUAAAGCCUUGGAAAAACCCCUUUGGAAAAAUUCUAAUUGGGCGUUUUUCGUACACAGUUGUUUUUAUACUCUUUAAGGGCUUCUCUUUUAUCUAGAACGUCAGCAAACACUUUUUCUGGAUCUAUAUUUGAUAAACACAAAACAUGUAAAAACUUCAAUUUUUUGACCAAAAUCAUGGACUAUCCGCUUUGAAAGAAUACCAAUUUUGCCUUCUUUUUAAAACCAUGUUUAUAUUGUCUACAAGAUUUGUUGUUUAACGACAACGUCACCAAAUACUUUUUCUGGGUGUAUUUUGCAUAAAACGAAACGUUCAAAAAAAUUUCAAAUUUACAAAAAAAAACAAUGAACUAACCCCUUUGCAAAACUGCCAAUUUUGUGGGUUUUUGAAAUCGAUGUUUUUGUUGUUCAGAAAGGCUUGUUUGCUAUAUAAACCGUGGAGAUCGUUUUUUUACGAUUUAUUUUUACAAUCUAUGACAUUGGAAUAGAGGGGGUUACAAGGGGUUACAGGGGGUUACAGGUUGUUUCAAGGGGUUACAAGGGGUUACAGGGGGUUACAAGGGGUUGCAAGGGGUGACAGGAGGUGACAAGGCGUUACAGGGGGUUACAAAGGAUUAUAGAAACUUUUUCUAACUAGAACGUUCCCAGAUACUUUUUCUUGGUCUAUUUUGCAUAAAAAUCAUCGUUGAGGUUGAAGUUGGUUUUUGAAACCGAUGUUUUUGUUUUUCAGAAAGACUUGUUUGCUAUAUAAAACGUCGAAAAUCCUUUUUUCACGAUUUAUUUUCACAAUCUAUGACAUUGGAAUAGUGGUGGUUACAAGGAGUUACAGGGGGUUACAGGGUGUUUCAAGGGGUUACAAGGGGUUACAGGGGGUUACAAGGGGUUGCAAGGGGUGACAGGAGGUGACAAGGCGUUACAGGGGGUUACAAAGGAUUAUAGAAACUUUUUUCUAACUAGAACGUUGCUAGAUACUUUUUCUUGGUCUAUUUUGCAUAAAAAUCAUUGUUGAAGUUGAAGUUGGUUUUUGAAACCGAUGUUUUUUUUUUUUUUCAGAAAGGCUUGUUUGCUAUAUAAAACAUCGAAAAUCGUUUUUUCACGAUUUAUUUUCACGAUCUGUGACAUGGGAAUACAGGGGGUUAUAAGGGGUUACAGGGGGUUACAAUGGGUUACAAGGUGUUAUAAGAGGUUACAAAAGGUCACAACGGGUUACAAGGGGUUACCGGGGGUACAAGGGGUUACAAGGGGUGAGAGGGGGUGACAAGGCGUUACAGGGGGUUACAAAGGAUUAUAGAAAAUUUAUUCUAACUAGAACGUUUGCAGAUACUUUUUCUUGGUCUAUUUUGCAUAAAAAUCAAAGUUGAAGAAAUCUCAAAUUUUUGACCAAAACAAUGGACUAAAGCCUUGGAAAAACCCCUUUGGAAAAAUUCUAAUUGGGCGUGUUUCGUACACAGUUGUUUUUAUACUCUUUAAGGGCUUCUUUUUUAUCUAGAACGUCAGCAAACACUUUUUCUGGAUCUAUUUUUGAUAAACACAAAACAUGAAAAAACGUCAACUUUUUGACCAAAAUCAUGGACUAUCCCCUUUGAAAGAAUGCCAAUUUUGCCUUCUUUUUAAAACCAUGUUUAUAUUGUCUACAAGACUUGUUGUUUAACGACAACGUCACCAAAUACUUUUUCUGGGUGUAUUUUGCAUAAAACGAAACGUUCAUAAAAUUUCAAAUUUUUGACCUAAACCAUGGACUAAUCCCUUUUCAAAAAUGUCAAUUUUCUGGGUUUUUGAAACCGACGUUUUUGUAGUUGAGAAAGAGUUUUUUGCUCUUUAAAACGUCGAAAAUAGUUUUUUCACGAUUUAUUUUUACGAUCUAUGACAUGGGAAUACAGGGAGUUACAACGGGUUAAUGGGGGGGUUACAGGGGGUUACAAGGGGUUAGAAGGGGUUACAGGGGGUUACAAGGGGGUAGAAGGGGUUACACGGGGUUACAAGGGGUUACAAGGGGGUUACAAAGGGUUCCAAGGGGUUACAGAGGGUGACAAGGCGUUACAGUGGGUUAAAAAGUAUUAUAGAAACUUUUUUCUAUCUAGAACGUUCCCAGAUACUUUUUCUUGGUCUAUUUUGCAUAAAAAUAAUUGUUCAAGUUGAAGUUGGUUUUUGAAACCGAUGUUUUUGUUUUUCAGAAAGACUUGUUUGCUAUAUAAAACGUCGAAAAUCGUUUUUUCACGAUUUAUUUCAAAAUCUAUGACAUUGGAAUAGAUAGGGUGACAGAAGGGGUUACAGGGCGUUACAGGGUGUUUCAAGGGGUUACAAGGGGUUACAGGGGGUUACAAUGGGUUACAAGGUGUUAAAAGAGGUUACAGAAGGUCAC